AUGCAGCUUACCAGGGGGGAUCACCACCACUUUUGGAAGGGCGUUCCCUUUGGAGCCCCAGUAGAGGAAAACUCUCUGUGGGGAUUGGUAGCAAUGGCGGACACUCCCUCUUCCUCUCCCUUCAACACUCCCUUUUCCUCUUCGACUGAUACCCUCUCCUCGAAGAGCACUCCUCCAUCUUCGCCAGACGACAGUUAUACUCCCACCAAAAAGCCAAGCUCUCGCUCUAAGAAUCCAUUCCCCCCUGUUCGUUAUCCCGAUCUCCCAAUUCAGUUGAACGAUGGAGAGACCGACGAUUAUAACGACUUGUCGACUGGCCACGUCGAUAGCGCAGGUUGUCAUACUGGGCCUUCAUCUCCCUCGGAUGGGAAGUGUUCGAAGCGCUCAAGUCAGCCGCCUGGAUACGAUGAUGCCGCAACUGGACAUCCCAUCCACGCAUGGCGUAACGCACCCCGACUGCCCACACGUUUGAGACAAGUUGGCUCUGGUCUCAGCCGUAUGGAAUCAGGACGACAUGGAAAGCCAAGCUCUGAAACCUGCAUCAGCUCUGAACCCGACAGUAUCUCGUCCCCAUCCAGUGAUACACCAGAUAUUGAGCCCUCCCCGUCAGGCCCUUCAUGCUACGAGUCAGAUGAUACACGUGUAUCUUCUUCCCUAGACUUGUUUUUCGUCGAAGAUCAGAGCACAGAAAGCUCCCCGUUCGAUCACAAGUUCGAGACACCCCAUAAGAAGGAUGGAGCGGAAGCAGGUCUGUCUACUACAAACGGUGGUGAUAGACCGAGAAGCAAUACUCUCGGCGUCAAUCUCACGCAACGAAGGGAUACUCCUCAGGGAAGAUCUCAUUCUCCGGUUAACAACAGUUUCCCACCGGCUAUUUCAGAUAUCCCCGGGGUACACGCUGCUGAAAGCGUCGGAAGCAAAUCCCCUGAUGUGUCACAACCAGAGAAUGAUUCUAUUCAGACAAGACCGAGCCAUGGUAGUCGACAUCCAAAGGAUUUGAAUCCCAAGAGAAAUCCCAUCAAGUCACAGCGCAAAACCUCCAGUGCUAACAAAGAGGAUCCCAAUUAUACUGAAAACUCUCUCAGUGAAAUUUUACCCCGUGAGAUGGGACGGUUAUUUCAUAAGGACAGUGCAAGAUGUGUUGCCUUCUAUCAAACCCCGCCAGACACGAGGUGUGGACACCCCAACAAAGGAUCAGAUUCCGACCUCCCCGCGCAGCUUCGAAUCUUCGCCAAUAUCGAUAUCAGUGAAGCAACGCCAUGUAUAGAAAAGUUGUUGGCCUCGAUUGUGUGUGGAAUGCACAGGAAUGUCGCACUUAGACGCUGGAAGUACUGGAGAGAUGUCUUCCCGAACCUAGAAUCUGCGUCGAACAACAUCGAUGAUCCCCGUCUUCCUCGACUUGUCGAUUGGUUUCAGGCGCUCCAAGAUGGUGCCAGAUCACUGGGACCAUCUGCUGAACCUGGUAUCAAGGCUGAGGAUGAGCAAGUUGAUGGUCCAGCCAAACCCAUCGCUACACUUCAGCAAUUGAUACCUUGGUGCCCAGAUGGACAAAAGAAGAGGUCAAUCAACCAGAGGUUGCUUGAAACCUGCAUUUCCCCUUUGACGCCAAAGAAAGACCACAAAACUGGCUUUAUUUACAUCUGUUUGUCUUCAGGGGGCCAUGAGCGCAUGAAAAUAGGAUGUGCAGAGAAUAUCGAUGGGCGACUGCGGCAAUUGGGCAAGUGUGAGAAGGGCUUAAGCCUCUAUUUUCCGAAGGAUGAUGAGAAAGGACUUCCCAUACCCCACUUCUACCGUGCGGAGAAACUGAUCCAAGCUGAACUGAGAGAUUAUCGGCGAGAAUUGUCUAACUGCUCGAAUUGCAACAAGAACCACAGAGAGUGGUUUGAGGGGGUGGGUGUUGAUUUAGCGGCGGACGUUGCAAGGAAAUGGAUAGAUUGGGUGCGGCGGAAGCCUUACGUAUUGAGAGACUAUGAAGGGAAGGCUGAAUGGGUGUUGAGUGAUGAAGCUUCGGACUCUCUCAAGACCGUGUGCAAGCCUCACGAGAAGCUCCGAAGUGGGUUUUUCCCGACGAAGAGGUAG